UAUACGACUGACGUCAACAUUGUUUUCUUUUAAAUUUUCGUUCUUAAUUUUAUUUUGUUAAAUUAGUUAUAGAUGACUGUGUGGUAAAGGAUAAAGCUAUUUGCUUUGCAUCAUUUUUUUUUAUAUGUUAUAUUGACAUUUUAGUUAAUGAGUUAUGUCGAGAAUAAGAGGUAUAGAGGCUAAAGUGCUAAAAAUACACAAGGACUACAAGGAUUCAUUACUCAACUUAGAAACUCGGAAAAAUAAGAGCAAUAAAUCGAGUAAAAAGAAAAACGAAUCUUCGUUAAGUUACAAAAAUGACGUAGAGAAGCUCCAAAUAAAUGAGUUGUUGUAUAAACUGCCAAAGCUAGACGCAAUAUUCGACGUACAUCGUAAAAUUGGCGAGGGAACUUUCAGCUCUGUCUAUCUGGGUUCUUUAAAACAACACUCAGGACUAUCCGAUGUACAAAAGCCAUGGUUCGCCAUAAAGCAUUUGGUGCCCACCGCGCAUCCGGCACGGAUCGAGCACGAGCUGAGAUGUCUUCAAGAUAUGGGUGGGAAACAUAAUGUAAUAGGAGUCGAACUGUGUCUACGGCAUCUUGACACUAUUGUAUUUGUGAUGCCUUACAUACCUCAUAAAAAGUUUUCUGAAUAUGUUGGUGAUAUGGAUGCUGAGGAGGUGCGGCAAUACAUGCGGGCAUUAAUGGUGGCUUUGCGUCAUGUGCACUCAUUUGGUGUGAUUCACAGAGAUGUUAAGCCCAGUAACUUUCUGUAUGAUAGAGAAAAUAAAAGGUACUUAUUGGUAGACUUUGGUCUAGCGCAGCGCGUCUGGACGCGCGAGGAACCCCCCGCCGCGCUACCGCCGCCCGCGCACUCCGCCACAGUGCCCUGCAAGCGACCCCGGGACGAGGAUGACUCGAUCCCAAACGCUAAAAGGAUGGCCUUAGAUUUGUCCAUUCGUGCGAAGUGCAACAAUGUCACCGCCCCUGUGCUUAAACGACCAGUCUUACCGAAGGUGCAAAUUCCGAGACAGAAUAUAACAAAGCACCCCCCGCCGGCGCACGCGGGCGAGCGCUGCCCGUGCGCGUGCGCCAACGUGGGCGGCGUGUGCGGCGCGUGCGCGACGCGCGUGGCUGCGCGGGCUCCGCGCGCCGGCACGCAGGGCUUUCGGCCGCCCGAGGUGCUGCUGAAGAGCCCGCGCCAGGGCACGGCCGUGGACACGUGGGCGGCAGGCGUGGUGCUGGCCAGCCUCCUCACGGCGCGCUAUCCGUUCUUCCGCGCCGGGGACGACGUGUCCGCGCUGGCAGAACUCGCGGACCUUCUGGGUACUGAGCCGCUGCAGCGAACGGCCGAGGCACUAGGUCGUCGCGUAGUGACUUCGGCGCAGUGGCGUGGCCUGUGCCUGCGCAAGCUGGCGGAGCGUCUGCGAGGCCCGGCGCGCGGGGCGGUACCGACUCCGGGGCCCACGUGCCGACACUGCCGACUGCCAUCGCCGCAAUGUCUCUGUAGGGACGAGUCUAAACCAGCGGACGCGUUCGACGCGGCGGCGACGGUGGCGGGCUUCCCGGACGCGGCGUUCGCGCUGCUGGCGCGGCUGCUGGACCCCGACCCGCGCUCGCGCCUGUCGGCGGCGGCGGCGCUGGCGCACCCCUUCCUGGCGCCGUCGGGCUAGUUUAGUACGAAUUUUAGCUAAAUCUCAGUGAGAGUGUUCGCCGAGGACUGGGUGUGUGUGAGACUAGCGUUCAAAUUUAAUAAAGACGUGUCUGAACAAUAUUUUUGAUAGCUAUGUAUUAGAAUAGACCGGUAGAUAGAUUUUAUAAAUUUUCCACCGUUUUCGACGGAGGCGUGUGUAACUCCUGGAUGAGGCCGACGUGUCUGCGAACAUUUUAUCUCAUUUGAGAGUGUGACGUAGGUCUGAAUGUGUUAAGUAUCGUAUUUUUGUGACUACGAUCCUUCGAUGUUAGCGGUGCGAGCGGGUAUUGUGCUCGAUUUUUACAAACUUACCGAGAAGACUGCCUAAAUGGACUUAAUAUAAGAAAUUAACUAUUUACUCCCAUUCCAUUACUAAAAUCUUAUUUUUGCUACUCUAAAUCUUUUAACAUUACCAACUAUUUAUAAUCAAGAUAUGAUUUUAUGGAAUGAGGUAUUAAUAAAAUGUGAUUACUUGACUACUUCUUAGAUAAUAAUUAACAGACCGUGUCCCACUACUGGGCAAAAGUAUGUAGGGGGUGGUUACAAAUAUGGUCUUGUACUGUGGACUCCUACUUUUUAAUAUGAAACUUUUAAUCUUGAGCACUUUUGAAAUAUAGAAAUAGUUAAAAAUAAAGUAUUUAGUUUUUCUCACUCUUAACAAUUAUUCGAUCUUAAUAUUGUCAUAUUCAAAAAACAAUAUUGCAGUAAGAACAGAGCACAAUUUUAUGAUUUAAAUAUAAGUUCAUUUCUUACUGUCUUAAUUUUUAAUAACAUGCUCUUAACUGUUAUCUUUGAUUGUUUUUUUUUGAGACAAAUCUCUUGAUUAAAUAUAAUUUAUUUUUCUGGUUUUGCAAACUGCGACUUUUUCGUUGGAAGUCAUUGUUAAUUAGUUAUAAAGAGGAUCUCAGAGCUUAUUUUAAUUUUAGUACAAAGUCAGCUUGCUUUGUUGCUGCGAAUAAACUGUGUACUGAUCACAUUGGGUAAAAGUUAUUCUGAGUCUUUUUAGUUCUUCAUCCGAGAGUGUCAUGAUAUCUAGACUUUACACUAUGUGAUCAGGUUAGUAUUUAGUGUAUGCUGAGACUUAAGUCUAACCCCAUUGUGAAGGUAGAGUGAUGGAGCACAAAUUUAAUUUUAUUGUGAAUCUAUCGUAUUUUACUUUAGUUUCAUGUUAAUACAAUGCAAACACUUUUUAAUAACUAUAAGCCAAUUGAAGUGGCGUUUUGGCGAUCGUAUUUCGGUCUCCUAUUCUCUGUAGUGGCUCCAGCAGGUGCUCCUCUCUGUCUACACUGGGGCUGGGAGCUCAAUGAAUUCAAUAUAGUGACUAUUGUUUAUGUUUAAUUAUACAAAGAAUGAUUUUAUGUACUUUGUGAAAUAUUUCUAAGCAAUAGUCAUUAAAAUGAAGCUUUCAAGAGUAAAGUGCCUUGGAACUGUGUUCACUAGAAAUAUAUUACCUCAUUUGUUACUAUUCACUCGUGUAAUACAUGUUGAUAUCAACAA